UGUCGUAAGAGAAUUGAAGUUUCGAAGAAAUCUCGCUCCAUAACCGAGAUUUUCGAUUGAGAUCUAGUUACGGUUCCGUCUCUACUUAUCUCGCCCUCGAGAGCGAAUUGAGCGACGUAAGAAUGAGUACGAUGAUUGAAAAGACGUAAUAACGCGAUAUAACCUUGCGCCACUAUUUAAAAUGCUUUUAACACUUGCUAUUUUAGUAUAGGUCUUAGCGAUACCCUCUGGGUUAACAUAUCUCAUAAAAUACCCUCUAUUUAAGGCACAUCUCAUUUUUAAGAAAAUACUCUUUCUGAUUUUUUAAAAAAAUUUCAGUAUUAAAAAAAUCUAAAAAAUUAAAUUAUUCUUAAUGAUCAAAAUCGCUGUUUUCUUAACCUUUAUCUUUUGCAUUAUUAAAAUAAAUUCGGCAUCAGAAAAUGGGAAAUCUGUAGCUGUUGACGAUUUUUCUACUUUAAUACGUGCUAAGCGUUCAUGGCCUUCUGAUGUGCCUGGACUAGAGGAUUGUUUUGGAAAAUAUGCGUAUGACGAUUGUAAAAAUCGAAUGAAAUGUUGCGAGGAACACCAUUCAACAAGCUGUACAUGUUAA